CUCUUGUUCUUGCACUAAAAAAUGGCGGGAAAUUCCUAACCCCAAAAAGCCAAAAACCUAACUUCCAAAUGCUGACCAUCCCCAAUUUCCAUGCAACUGCCGGUAACUGUAUCUUCACCCAUCUAAUUCCCUACCUCCCCAAAACCCCUAACCCCCUGCUACUCUCGCCGAUUCUUUUCUUUCAUUUCCACACCCCGAAACGUUUCGCUCGUAUCCGCUUCUCCACGCGACUAAUGUCGUCGUCUUCUUCGACCCAAGUAUUGGCAGAGUACGCGAAAUCGAAGAGGUCCUCCUGCAAGAAGUGCUCGAAAGCGAUCGCCGCCAAGGCUCUGAGGCUGGGCUUGGUCAGCAGAGACGCGCGCGGUUUCGACGUGACCAAGUGGCACCACUUGGAUUGCUUUAACUUCGGCUCCGAGUCGCUUGCUUCGGUCGAGAAAAUUAAAGGGUUUCAGUCUUUGGAGAGUAGUGAUCAGGAAUCUUUGAAGAAAUUGGUGGCUGCCUCGGAUAAAUCUCGAGGGGAGGAUUCAAAUGAAAGUACACACGAGGGAAAGGAAAGUUCUGAAGGAAAAAGAGUUCAUGAAGUAGAUGAAAAUGAAAAUGAAGAAGAGGAAAGGAGCCUGAAGAAAGCGAAGUCAUCUAAAUGUGAUGGACAAGCUAAGCUGGAUAUAUCCUUUACAAUUUCUGAUGUGAAAGACAAGUACAAGGAUGCAACUCUUUCACCUAAAUGGAAAGCAUUCCAAACAAUCAUAUUUCUUGAACGGGAUGAUGGACUGCAUGAUUCAAGUAAAAUUGCUGCUUUUGAUUUUGAUGGAUGUCUUGCAAAUACUAAUGUAAAGAGGGUAGGUGCUGAUGCUUGGUCCCUUAUGCAUCCUUCAAUUCCUGAUAAGCUACAAAGCCUGUAUGAGGAUGGCUACAAGCUGGUAAUUUUUACAAAUGAGUCCAACAUUGAGCGCUGGAAGAACAAGAGACAAGUAGCUGUGGACUCAAAAAUUGGUCGGCUCAACAACUUUAUUAAGAAAGUGAAAGUCCCAAUUCAGGUUUUCAUAGCUUGUGGCCUUGGAAAAUCCGGUGGUCAAGCAGAAGACCCCUUUCGCAAACCCAAGCCAGGGAUGUGGCAUUUAUUGGAACAACAUUUGAACUCUGGCAUUUCCAUUGACAUGGAUCAAUCCUUUUAUGUUGGGGAUGCAGCUGGGAGAAAAAAUGAUCACAGUGAUGCUGAUAUUAAAUUUGCGGAGGCAGUCGGUUUAAAAUUUUAUGUCCCAGAAGAAUACUUUGGUGUUUGAGCAAGGGACGUUGACGUCGAAAUUAUGUUGCCCCUCAGCCCCCAAUUUUAUAAAAAGAAAUCUAUAUCAUGUAAUUAUUAUAUAGUUGGCCUUUCUCGGAAGUUACUGGAACUUUUGUUUUGCUUAGAAUACGUAUUUUUUGUUCCUUGCUAGGAGGUUCUGUUAGCUUAUGUUAUGACUGAAUGUUGCUGUA